CCGUCCGUCACAAGUGGCCUCAUGGAUUUGUACCUGAUUGGAUAUUUGGUGUGUGUGUGGCUGUGCGGCUCGCGGGUGCUUGGAGGCUAUCCCAUCUGGUGGUCCCUGGCCCUGGGGCAGCAGCCCAUCCUGUGUGGCUCCAUCCCGGGCCUGGUGCCCAAGCAGCUACGUUUCUGCCGCAACUACAUCGAGAUCAUGCCCAGCGUGGCCGAGGGCGCCAAAUUGGGGAUCCAGGAGUGCCAGCACCAGUUCCGGGGCCGUCGAUGGAACUGCACCACCGUCAAGGACAACCUGGCCAUCUUCGGCCCGGUCCUGGAUAAAGCAACCAGAGAGUCGGCGUUCGUCCACGCCAUCGCUUCAGCCGGCGUCGCCUUUGCCGUCACGCGCUCCUGCGCCGAGGGGACGUCCACCAUGUGCGGCUGCGACUCCCACCACAAAGGACCCCCAGGGGAGGGAUGGAAGUGGGGCGGCUGCAGCGAAGACGCCGAAUUUGGGGUGCUCGUGUCCAGGGAGUUUGCGGACGCCAGGGAGAACCGACCAGACGCCCGCUCGGCCAUGAACCGACACAACAACGAAGCAGGACGCACGACCAUCCUGGACCACAUGCACCUGCGCUGCAAGUGUCACGGCCUGUCUGGCAGCUGCGAGGUGAAGACCUGCUGGUGGGCUCAGCCCGACUUCCGCAUGCUGGGCGACUACCUGAAGGACAAGUACGACAGCGCCUCCGAGAUGGUGGUGGAGAAGCACCGGGAGUCCCGCGGCUGGGUGGAGACCCUGCGGGUCAAGUACGCCUUCUUCAAGCAUCCCACCGAGCGAGACCUGGUCUACUACGAGGGCUCACCCAACUUCUGCGAGCCCAACCAUGAGACGGGCUCCUUCGGGACGCGGGACCGUGCCUGCAACGUGUCCUCGCACGGCAUCGAGGGCUGCGACCUGCUGUGCUGCGGCCGCGGACACAACACCCGGACAGAGAAGCGCAAGGAAAAGUGCCACUGCAUCUUCCACUGGUGCUGCUACGUCAGCUGUCAGGAGUGCGUACGCGUUUACGACGUACACACGUGCAAGUGA